GCCCGGCGCGGGGCAGCGGGGCCGGGAGCGGGCGGUGAGUGCCCGGCGCGGGGCAGCGGGGCCGGGAGCGGGCGGUGCUUCGCCAUGGGGAACACGAGCAGCGAGCGGGCUGGGCUGGAGCGGCACGGGCACAAGGCUGCGCGGGGGGACAGCGCGGGGCCCGGCGGCGCUGCCAAGGACGGGGACAGGCCCAAGAUCCUGAUGGACAGCCCCGAGGAUGCAGACCUGUUCCAGCCAGAGGAAAUGAAGGCUCCACUGGAGAAAGAGGAAUUCCUGGCUUGGCAACAGGAUCUGGAAGUGAGUGAUAAAACCCCCACUCAAGCUCGACCAACAGUCUUUCGCUGGACUGGAGGAGGAAAAGAAGUUUAUUUAUCUGGGUCCUUCAACAACUGGAGUAAAAUUCCUCUGACAAGGAGUCACAAUAACUUUGUGGCAAUCCUGGACCUGCCAGAAGGAGAGCACCAGUACAAGUUCUUUGUGGACGGGCAGUGGACACACGAUCCUUCAGAGCCAGUAAUAACCAGCCAGCUGGGCACCAUCAACAACGUCAUCCAGGUGAAGAAAACGGACUUUGAAGUAUUUGAUGCGUUGAUGGUGGACUCACAAAAGUGUUCAGACGUGUCUGAGCUGUCCAGUUCACCCCCGGGACCGUAUCACCAGGAGCCCUACAUGUGUAAGGCAGAGGAGCGCUUUAAGUCACCGCCUAUCCUUCCCCCUCACCUCUUGCAGGUCAUCCUGAAUAAGGACACGGGCAUUUCUUGUGACCCCGCUCUGCUCCCGGAGCCCAACCACGUCAUGCUGAACCACCUCUACGCGCUGUCUAUCAAGGAUGGUGUGAUGGUGCUCAGUGCUACACAUCGCUACAAGAAGAAAUACGUGACAACUUUGCUGUACAAGCCAAUAUGAGCAGCAGUUUGUGACCAAUUCUUCUGGGCUGGUGCAGUCUUGGCAAGAACCCACUCCUAACCAAAUGUACUCCUGCUCUCUGCUGUAGCAAAUGGACUCUGAUUUCAUAGUGUUUCUGAGACUUCCAGGUUCUCCUAGAUUUGCCUUAUACUCUCCCAGUCCCACCUUGGAAGUUCUUGGAGCUGGCAGCUCCGUGGCAGCUAGACCAAUGGCAAAGGCAGCAGUGCCUGGUGUCAGCUCAGCUGAAACCCACCGAUGUAAUGAGGCCGAGAAGCAGAUUCAGGACCUUCAGCAGUGGGGCAGCCUGAGCAAUAAAGCCAGCCCAAAGGCUAGAAAGGGUCAGGAUUCUUGUGGAAUCUUAACUUGAGCUCAGCACUCAGCAAAAGCAAGCCCCUCACUGCCUUUGUAACUCAUCAACCACACAGUUAAUUCAGCAGCACGUUCCAAAUGUGUGUGGCUGGACUAAGUGUGACUAUUGAUGACCUUUUUGUAGGAGCCUCACGCUCAGCGACACGCUCACGGGGACUUUGCAGUAGCCUGGGGUGCACUGUUUCUGCUGGGAAUAGCUCUGUAGUUUUUCUCUUUGUGAGAACUGAAAUACAACUUUUCCCCUGUGGAAUUUCUGGUAAAGACAAUUGUUUUUAGUGGCUGGAUUUUCCUGCAAAUCAUAAAUGUGCCUGGCAGGAAUCUGCUUUGUGAAACCAGUUUCUCUUGCUGUCACUCGUAAGGACUUCCUUAAGCUGGGAUAGGCAGCUGUGAGGAACCUGAUGGCUUCAGCUGAGGGAUUAAUUCUUCAGUGACAGCCUGAAGGUGACAGUCACCUCCAUCCUUGUAGCCAAAGGUGGCAGUGGCUCAGCUCCCAGCUGCAGCGAGGCUGCAGGUGCCAGCCCUGGGGCUUGCACAGGCUCGGGAUGAGGGGGACCCCAGGCUGCUGCUCUCCUUCCUGACAGCCUGUUCCAUCCCAACACAGCAUGAAUGCUCAGCUCAGGGUCUGGGUGCCAGUGAGGAGUCUGAGGGGCUGAGGCUGCAGGGGCAGGGAGCUCUGCCAGCCUCAGCCCUGGUGCAAUAUCCUCAGCAGAGCUGGGUCUAGUGCAAUGGUUUUCUCUGAAAACUCUCUCUUCAUUCUGUGCUAUGUGUAGUGUUUGGUAGCCUGAAACAUGGACUUGCUUUUGGUUUUCAGCCUCUUUAAAAACAAAUAAACCAUUUUCAA